UCUUUUUAUUCUAUCUAUGACCAACCACCUUUUAAGUAAUAUUUUUUAUCUCGUAAUUCUCUUUCUUGACGUAGUAUUCAUCUUUCUAUUCAAGUCGUUCGUAUCUUUCACACAAGUCUUUAACUUUAAAAUGUUUAUCGUCACAAUAUUUUUCUAGGCUUCAAGCUACGAACGUCUCGUGGGAUACAUUAAAUAAGUUCAGAAAUACAAUAUAAAACUAAUUCUUCUUAGUUAAGUGUUUCUUAUUAUGUAUUUCUGAACGUAGUAAUGUGGAUUGACAACAUUAAAAUGACAAUGACAGCCGCGGAUGAUUUGCUUUGCUCGUUUGACAUUUUAUUUUAUUUUUUAUGGUUUGACAGUUUUGACGGAAUCUAAAUAUUUCUGCCAAAGCUGGCUUUUCGGCUUUGUAGUAAUUUGGUGUAAACAAUUAUUUUUUGUAACAAAAUUUUAGUAAAUACAUAUUUUUUCAAUGAAGAUGAAUGCUACAAGUUUAUAUGUAUCCACAUGUCGGCUUGUUGUGCUAGCUGAUGCCGCUGAUAAGUCUUCAUGGAUAGAUUUAUUUCGUUUGGUACCAUAUUUACGUCAAUCUUUAUCUUGUACAGUUUGUGGUAAUCUUCUUAAAGAACCAUAUACACCAACUACUGCUGGAUGCCAGCAUCAUGUUUGUAAAAAGUGCAAAGGGGGGAGAAAGAAACUUAAACCUUCAUGUAGCUGGUGCAAAGACUAUGACCAGUAUUCUGAGAAUUUACAAUUACGAAUAUUAUUGCAAUGUUAUAAAAAAUUGUGCGAAUAUUUUAUGGGCACUGAUGUGUACAAAAUAUUACUGGACGAAGAUGAAAUGUCUGAGGGCAUCAAUGGAGGGACAGUUGCCAGCGCUGGUCUUAUAGAUCUGAUACAGGAGGGUGCUGGAUUUAACGACGAUUAUAAGAGUACAGGGGGCCUGUCAAAGUCUGCAUAUAGUAUACUGCCAUGUGUUUACACCAAUUCUACAUCUACGCAAACACAAGCCGCAGCAUCGUCCAGUUCUUCAGAUACCCGGUCUUCAAAUAAAGGUUCACCAAAUUCUAGAGCCAUGUCCAAUGGUGCUUCCCUUUAUUCUGUACUGUAUGCAGGUUCUGGAAAUAAAAUUACAAUUAAAAGAAAGGCUAUAGAUGAUGCAGAGCUUCUAACUCAAAGUGAGUCUUCGCAAAGGGAAAGUAAGUCUAAUCAAUUAGGAUUUAAAAAACCAUCAAAUAGAUCUCGUAGUUCUGCUAGUAGCAAGAGAAAAGGUUGUCGUUGUGGUAAUGCUACAGCGACCCCGGGGAAGCUGACUUGCUGUGGUCAGCGCUGUCCAUGUUAUGUAGAAAGUAAGCCAUGCACUGAGUGCAAAUGUAAAGGAUGCAGGAAUCCUCACAGAGCUGAUGGAAUGAAGGUUCGGCCGCAUAUACCUCAACUAGACAAUAUACAUUUUACAAUAAACACAAAUCCCGACAGUUCUCCGUCUUGUUCUGGCUCUAUGGACAGUCUCGACACAGACACAUUAACCAUGGAGGCUAUGGAAGAAUCUCUCAACUUUAGUGCAGAUCUAAAAUCAUCUAAUAUUAAGGUGUACACAAGUCAAUUACAAGAAAUAUCCGCAUCCCUGCCAGCGACAAUAAUGAUGGAUGAGGACCUACCGGGCUCCCCAGAAGACGAUAUGAGUUCUCCUCAAGAAUAUAAUAUGGGGUCUCCAAGGGACUAUGCGGACCCUGACACAGCGUCGCCGACGUCUGGUGGUACUCAUGACAUCGGCAGUGAUAUUGAGAUUGACGUAUGAUAUCCAUUAUGUCUGUCGUGUGACUAGGGUCUCCUUGUUAUCAUUCUGCUGACAUGCAUUCUGGGGAAUAUUCUGGAAUAUUUAGUUACAUGAGAUAAUCACUAUUUGUAAUUAUCUUGCUAGUCAGUUGUGUGAAGAACUAUAUAAACUAUUUCAUAAAUACUAAUAUUUGAGACGAACCUUUGUUAUUAUUUUGUAAAUAAUUGCUUCGAGUAUUGUGUGAAUUUUCGUAUAUUGUCAAUUGAUAAGACAAAAUAUUUUAUGUACUUAAUGAAUUGGUGUAUAUGUAUUCUUAGAAAUGGAAUUUUAAUUAUGAUAUUACCUAUUUGCCUAAUAAUUAUUUUAUUCAUAUAAAUUUAUGUUUAACUAAUCCUCAAUAGUCACAAACAUAUUUUAAUGAUAAUUUUUCCAUUUUGAUCUAUUGUAGUAUUAAUACUUGUACCAUAUAUUAUAUUAUAUACAUUCUUUAAUUUUAUAUUUCUAUAUCACAAUAAACUAUUUAAUAUACAAGAAACACUAGAUAAGCUUGUGCUUCUUACAGUUCUGAGAUAAAUAGCUGUGAUAUACAGUUAAACCCUACCACAAGGGAUUUGUACAUCUUUAGUACAAAACGGGAAUAUAUCUUAUAUUAACAUAGAUGUAGCUUUUUUAAAUUGUUUUCUAUUGUUAACUACCAAUAAAUGAUCCUAAUCCACGCUUAUAGCUGAUAUGGAGCCGCUUAUUAUAUAAAUUGAAAUUAAUUACUUUUUUUUAUAUAUUCUUCAAAUAUGUAUUCUAUAGUUUCAAGUUAAUUUAGCAGAGGUACAUAGAAAAUAUCGACUGCGUGAUUACCUUAAUCUCACCUAUAUCAGCUGCUAAGCAGUUUGCUUUGUGCACUGUUUCGGUUGGAGGCUCAGAUUAAACAGUGAAAUUAUAGGAAAAUAGGUCAUCUUAGUCCUAUGGAUUUCGCAAUCGCAGCAAGAACGCAUCGUCAUUGUCACCUGUAUUUGAGAACUUGAUGUUCAUAGUGCUGUUUAUGUAUAAAACCAACUAUUGCCUUUUACGAUAAGGUGGGCCACAUCUACCUCUUUAACAUUCUAAUUACAUUAAAUAUAUAUAAACCCUUGAACAUCUCAACAUGAUCAUCUACCGGCCAAUGCGACGGGAUGCAAUAGAGGCCAACAAUAUUAUUCACGUAAUUAAAUAAGUAUUAUUUUUUUACUAUCGUAUGGAAAUCGUCACAGUUUUAGAUUAACCAGAUUCGCGUGUCCAUUUAGGUCUGGGUCGUGAUGAUUAUUUGAACUAUCAAGAUAUUCUUAUAUGUUACGACUUGUACAAAUAGGAAUAUAUUAAGUUAUAUUUAUAAUAUACAAUCAUUGUUUGAUAUUUAAAUAAUUUAGAACUUAUUAUUACAACGACGGCUGUAAUCUACAGAUGAAUAAAUUCUUGUUUUCAUUGUAGUAUGACAGUAGUGGGGGCAUCAGUGUUAUUCGAUUAUUCUUUUUCUUCCUAAAAUAUACUUUUUAUUUCAAUGCCCUGAAACUUGAAAUUUCAUACUAUAACAACUCUAAAUAAUUUAAUAUUUAUUUUAGUAGUCUGCUGAUCGUUAUAUUUUAUUGUUGCAUAUACAUAAUAUUUAUAAUAUAUUAAACAGUAGAAUUGCCAACACUACUUAAGUUCUUCGAAUAAGUCGCAAAACCAUUUAAACUGCGAGCUAGGUGCAUUUUGUUUUGUUCAAAGGGACAAUUAGUGCAAUCCUUGAUGUAAGAAGUAAAUGCCAUAUUAUUUUGGUAUGGGAACAUAUGAGUAGUAAUUCGUACCACAGGCGAUCAGAAUAUUUAUAUAUUUAUAACGAUUUUGUCUAUAUGUGUAUAAGAACAAUUAAUCAGAAGAAUAUUAAGCAUUCUUAUGUUUACUUGUACUAAUGUAUAUAUAUCGCGUAUAUGUUUUUGAUAUGCUAUAUUUAUCUAUACCAAAAAAUAACUAUAAUAGUUAUUCUACGUCAUUACGAAUUAUUUGGGAUCCUAGAAUGUAUUUUAAUUUUAUAUUUUUGACACAGCGGGCACUAAAGAGAAAGAGUAUUCCUUCUGUGACCCAGAUAAUAUGUACAUUAGUUUAGAUUUAUUUAGGUAUGGAAGUUCAAAGUCAGUCGAAUG